GUAUUAUCGUUAUGUAUGCAGCAGCUCAAGUCUGCCUGCAAAUGUAGCUAAUGAAACCUGACUUGGAGCUUGCAUGUCUUUCUUUGGCCAGGGAAGAAGGUAGCUGACGUGUGUUUGUCUUCUUUAUUAGAAGUGGCGUUGCUGCAACGCCCAGUUAUCGUCGUAACAAGACUUAGUUUUGUUCUGUGAUUUAUUUUACUAUUUUAAAGUAUCUGCAGUACUCGGACCUGACCAGUGCAGUCUUCUUCAUAAUCUAUCUAACAUGGCAUCCUUAUUCUGGAUCAGCAUCUGCCUGGUGUUCGUGUUGAACACUUCUUCAAGCCUCGGCUGGGGAAGUAACAAGGAAAAGAUUCUGCUAAAGGAUCUUGAAGUGUUGACACUGGAGGAUGGUCGUAUGACUCAAGGGCGGCGAAGCAGCCCCAUUCCUCAACUGCGGUGCAAAUCAAGCGGCUCCGCGUCCUGCCACUCAUAUACUCCUCGUGCGGUACAGUGCUACAAUCGCGGCUCUGACGGCUACGAUGUGCAGUGGGAGUGCAAGGCGGACAUGGACGCGGCCUACAAGUUCGGUCGCAUUUCUGUAUCGUGCGAGGGGUACGACUACCCGGACGACAAGUACGUGCUGAAGGGCUCCUGUGGUCUGGAGUACGAGCUCGACUUGACUGGGCAUGGACGUGAUCAGCAAUAUAACCAGGGUAGCCAGUACCAGCACCAGCACCAGCAGCAUCAACACCAGCAGCAGCAGCAUAAUCACUACCACACGGGUUAUGGUCCUCAACAUGGUCAAGGCUUCCUGGCGGAUAACAGCUGGACAAUUCUCGUCAUUGUUGGAGUUAUCAUCUUUGCUGUGUAUCGCUAUCGACGCAUGCACGACGAUGACGAUGAGGGAGACGACAGUAGUAGUCGCCGCACCGGCCCUCCACCAAGCGGUGGUGGUCAACCGCCAUCGUACGACGAGGCUCAGUCACAACAUCACAAGUCACAACCGCGCCAGUCAGCGUACUCGCAGCAAUCACACAACACUACUACUGGUGGAAGCACACAUACAGGAGCUGCUGCUGGCAGUGGCAUGGGUGGUUUCCUUGGUGGUGCAGCCACCGGUGGCUUAUUGGGCUACCUGUUUGGCAGCCGCACUCGCACACACCACCACCAUCGACCCCACAACACUGGCUAUGGUGGUGGAUGGGGCAGUGGCUGGGGCAGUGGUGGAUCGAGCUGGGGCAGUGGCGGAUCGGGCUGGGGAAGUGGCCGAUCGGGCUGGGGAAGUGGCGGGUCAAGCUGGGGAGGCAGCUCUUACCGCUCUUCGUCCAGGGGCAGCAGCAGCAGCAGCAGCGGUGGUGGCAGUCGCACCACGUCAGGAUUUGGCUCAACAACCCGGCGCUGAGUGCAAUAACCCAUAGCUGUCUGUCCGUCUGUCCGUCUUUCCUUGUGAGUUACCAGAAUGAACACAUUGCACCAUAACCAUGAUAACUGUCCUGCUUGCACACUUGGUCUGCUUUUGCAAUACUGUGUUCGGUACAAAACUGCAUUUGUUUGAUAUAAUUAUUGUGAACAUACUGUUGAGAUGCUUGCUAUAGUUCUUUUUAAUGUAAAACUUUGACCAUGACAUUUAAUAGCUGGUGUAUUUUUUCUUAGUUCCUCUUAUAGUAGUGCUACACACACACCAUGGUUUGGAUGAUGCUUACCAGAUACUAGUUAGUCGCACGGAUACAGCGUACGGCCUCCCUGACCGGCUCAUGUCAAUAAAUUUUUAGCCCUCCUUGAAUGCAAAGCUGCAAUCAGGAACUAGAGUGGUUCACUGCGGCGCUGUUUGCUGUCACAGUACUGGUGAUUGUGAUGUCGUCUCCCAACACUUGCACUAUGUACGAGCAGUGCUGCCCAUUGGAUCAGUUGGCUAGUGCUAUUUACAGUGUUUUGCAGCCCCAGACCUGUGGAUACUGGGAACUGAUCCAGGAUGCUAACUAAAUUUACUUGCAUCAUCAUCAUCAUCACGAGAUUGGACUUCAUUAGAGAGGUUAGGCCGCACGUUAUUUUUUGACAUGA